GAAUAUAAUGUUUCUGUAAUGUUAUCUCGCAAUGCGUUUCUAGUUGAUCUUGUGAAAGAGAAGAUAGGAAGAGUUCUAAAGUUGGACUCCAUCGAAAAUGGUGAUGCGUGGAAAGGGGUUGACAUGCUCAUCUUCAAUACUUGGCAUUGGUGGCUCCAUAAAGGAAGCAAACAAUC